UUAGCAGAAGUGAGGCAGCCAAAUCCCUUCCAGUCGCUAUAGGUUGGAUCUCGCGUGUUGUCGUGACGAGCCGUGAUUUGCCGUUUAUCCCGGCGUGCCUCGCGCCGCCCGUCUCAGGUGCUCUGCUUUCCCCGUGCGCUCGCGCUGCGUAGCAACAGCCCGGAUGUGAGCUUCAGCGUCUUCGCAUCAGGACCGGACCGGAGAGCGGGAAUAUGGCGCUGGCGAAAACGUAACGGUGCAUCAAUCCCGGUCAAUCACAGCGCAGGAGCACAAGAAAUGUGAGAAGUCUGUCGAAAGGCUGCAGGUCUAUCCACCUUUUCCAACAUGUUUGGAAAGAAGAAGAAAAGGCUGGAAAUCUCGGCCCCCUCGAACUUUGAGCAUCGUGUGCACACAGGGUUUGACCCCCGCGAGCAGAAGUUCACCGGGCUGCCUCAGCAAUGGCAGAGUCUCCUAGCAGACACGGCCAACCGGCCCAAACCCAUGGUAGACCCGUCCUACAUCACGCCUAUUCAGCUGGCCCCGAUGAAGACAUCUCCCAAGAAUGUCCGGUCAUCUGAAUCACCGUUGCGAAAAACCAUUGUUCGGGGCAGCAAACCACCCAAGGAUGCGUCCAUCAAUGGAUUACUUGAAGAGUUUGACAACAUAUCAGUGACACGCUCCAAUUCUCUGCGCAAAGAGAGCCCACCAGGAGCCCACCAGGCCAGUUCAGUCAAGCAGUUGUCCAUAGCUUCGGCAAACGCCAGCAGCAGCGGACCAGAGGAGAACGGCUUUAGUCACUACUUUGCCCGAUACUCCUGUGAUCUGGACAGUAGCAGAGACUUCCCACUGGAGCGGGACAAAGGUGCAUACGAUGGAGAGUGGGCGGUGGGGCGCCAUUACCGCUUCUCCUUCAAACAGAAUGGCCACACCAUUCGCAGCCAUUUCUACCCAGAUGCCAUGCCACAGAAGUCCUCAGAGUAUGCCAAGAUGCCACCAGAUUACCACGCCUACUUAGAGAGCAAGGUGCGUCUGUCCACAGAUGAGAUGGCGGCAGGUGUCACUAGGAACUAUUACAGGGCCUCUCUGGGAGGAUCCAGUCAGGAUUACCGUGAGCAGCCAUUGGGAACGCCAUCACGGGCCUCCUUACACAGCGAGCAGAUCAAUUACCCGGAUGGUGACUGGGGUGGAGGAAUCUAUCCUGCAGCAUUAAGGGAUGACUACGAAAAGAGGCCAAAGUCAUCAUACAUUUGUCAGACAAGCCCCCAGCCAGCCAUACGGCAGCGCUCCAGAUCAGGCUCUGGCUUACAGGAGCCCAGUCUGCCCUACGGCAUCACUACCUUCAAGGCUGCACCACAUGGGCCAUACAGCUCUUACACCUACCCUCGUCUUUCUGAAAACACUUCUGCCUCCCAGAUCAUUGGCAAGGGUGAAUAUGACAGAAUGUCACGGGACGGGAGCCCGCAGGUGCCAGGAGCUGAGACGUAUCCACGUGGCCCCUUCAAACUACCUCAGAGCCAUGCCAAGAUGGGCUAUCCACCGAGCUUUCAGUACCCACCUCCUUUCCACUACAAGCCAUCACCAUACCACCACCCUCCAUCUCAGCCUAGUCCUCCAUACACCCCUCAGGGUGCCCACUCCCAGCCCUCCUCACCCUACAUCCCCCCUGGAUACUGGGGCUCCUCCUGUGAGCCUCCACCACCCUCACGUGUCUCUCAUGAGCAGUUCCGUGCUGCACUGCAGCUUGUAGUGAACCCAGGCGACCCACGUGAAUAUCUGGACAACUUCCUGAAGAUUGGCGAGGGCUCCACAGGCAUUGUGUGCAUAGCUACAGAGAAGCACAGCGGUAAGCAGGUGGCUGUCAAAAAGAUGGACCUGAGAAAACAACAGCGGCGUGAGCUGCUCUUUAAUGAGGUGGUGAUUAUGAGGGACUACCAUCAUGAAAACGUGGUGGACAUGUAUAACAGCUAUCUGGUUGGAGAUGAGCUCUGGGUGGUGAUGGAGUUCCUGGAAGGAGGGGCUUUAACAGAUAUUGUCACACACACAAGGAUGAAUGAGGAGCAGAUUGCCACAGUGUGUCUGUCAGUGUUGAAAGCCCUCUCAUAUCUCCACACGCAAGGUGUCAUCCACAGAGACAUAAAGAGUGACUCCAUCCUCCUCACUAGUGAUGGCAGGAUAAAGCUCUCUGACUUUGGCUUUUGUGCUCAAGUCUCAAAAGAUGUGCCAAAGCGAAAGUCCUUGGUUGGAACACCGUACUGGAUGGCACCCGAGGUCAUCUCCAGGCUGCCAUAUGGCACUGAGGUUGAUAUUUGGUCUCUAGGGAUCAUGGUGAUUGAGAUGGUGGACGGGGAACCACCAUAUUUCAAUGAACCUCCGCUGCAGGCCAUGAGGAGAAUCCGAGACAACCUUCCCCCUCGGCUAAAGGAAACACACAAGGUGUCAUCGGUGCUUAGAGCAUUUUUGGACCUGAUGCUGGUGAGGGAACCUUCACAGCGGGCCACAGCACAGGAGCUCUUACAGCACCCCUUCCUCAAGCUCUCAGGCCCUCCCUCGUGCAUCGUUCCUCUUAUGAGGCACUAUCGCCAUCGCUGACCAAUACAUGCAGUACACUACUACUUACCCAGUCAUAUGUAACCUGUGGAAAAAACCCACACUGACACUUGUAACCAUACGUAGUUUAGAUAACACAAAUGAUAAAGCUAUCUAUUAAUACAAAAUAAAUAAACGAAACACCACACUGCAGUGAAUUCCAUGGCCAUUAGUAGUGCCGCUGGUUUCACCGCUGGUGUCUGGAUCUUUAUUAGACAGCUAGUGACCAGGCUGUGGGAGUUAUGUGUGUGCCGUGUGUUCUGACUCCCUGGUGAGAAUUGUACUGUAGUAGCUGCAGUCUUGAGUUCAGGCAGUGGGAAGCCUCAGUAAUCCUGAUAAAGCUCAGUAAAGCUGCGCAACUGAUGAGCGACAGCCGAUCCACGGGCUCUGGCCCUGAAUGCAAAAUUAACUAAUGAUGGUUUUUCAGGAGAUAAGAGGGGCUAUACGGCAGAUUAGUAGAAAACAAAUAGGACUGUUACACUACUGAGGGAAGAGCAUCUCCUUUUUCACAUCUCUUCACACUAACAAUGAAAAUGUAUUUUAGAGGACUUGUAAGAUUUCUCUGUACAGUUUUGAUAAUCUUCAGUAUUUUGUGGUGAUGUAACCAUUGUGAUAUGGGCAGUAUUGAAUAGAAUUAAAGAGUUUCUGCAAAAGAUCUUUCCUACUGUUUAUAAUCCAUUUUUGACUAAGAUAUCCUCACUAAACACAUCCUUAGCUGUCAAAGAAACCUGAAUAUAUUUAUUUAUCCUACAUUUAUAGACAGAAAUUGCAGUGAGUGUGGAGAGAGGUGUUGCCAGAAUUUUGUAUGCUGUUUUAAAGUAUUAUUUAUUUUUGAACUGAAGCUUUAUUUUUCAGUAGUGUGGCCUUUUUUGCGUUUUUUUGUUCUCAUUUUGAAUACAUAUAAAGAGCGAUGUUGGUUAUAUCAUGCAAGCAGGCUGAAUCAGACAAGCAAUAAGAACCACAGUUACAUUCGCAUCUGUUUCUUAGUUCAAAAACAACACAUUAAGAUCAUUCUUAUUCUUUUUUUUUUUUUAAAGCACUGACAAAAUUCUACUACCUUUAAGAAUUUAUGCUCAUCCAGGAAGCAGUCACAUAAAAUCCUAGCAAUACUUACAUGCUUGACUUAUUUACAUUUCAGUGCUGAUCUUUCCUGUAAGUGGCACACGGUGUCUGUGACUCAGCCUGCGAUCCUGUUUCUAUUCCCAUUACUCACUGUGAUCUGUAAAUAUGAACAGUGUGUCUGCUUCUGGCAAAACCUGAUGAAUGGUCAGAUAUGAAUGAGUAUAUCUAACU